GCACGUGCGCGCACUCACUGCGCGGGAACUGACACAUUCCAAAUUUAAAUUCAAAAUUAUUAACAUACACAACAAAAAUAUUUUACCUACUUUAAGUAAAUAGGUCGUGUACACUCUUUUCUGAGUGCAGUGAUGGUCACGGUGCAGUGCGAUCGCUUCCGCAUUUGAGAUAAAUAAUGAUCUUUGCGUAAUCUUCAAUUUACCAGAAAGUGGAUAACAAGAGCAAAACGAUGGUGUCUAAAGGAGCAUCAGCUAAAAUGGCGCACGAGCCGGAGAGCACGGAGGGCCAGUUCAACCUGGAGGGCAUCCUCAGCGAGCUGGGCAGCUUCGGCAAGUACCAGCUGCUGCUGCUGCUGCUACUGGCCUUCCGCGAUUCCUUCCUCGCCAUGUGCAACUACAACUACGUCUUCACUGCGGCUGAGGUUCCGCUCAGGUGCAAUGUCCCCGAGUGCGAGUACCUGGACCGUCGGUUCAACGCGUCGUUGGCAUCAUUUGCGCUGAACAGCAGCAACGCCUGCCAGCGGCGGGUCAGGCUCGACGGGCCUCUGUCCAUCUUGGAGAACGACACGGCGGUCCUGAGGCCUGACGAUGGGGACUGUUCCCCCGAGCGGUUCGUGGGCAACGACACCAUGCAGUGUGAGCAGGUCGUCUACGAGAACAACGAUAGCAUAGUUGCUGAGUUUGACCUCGGCUGUGAUCCCUGGAAGAGGACGAUGAUCGGCACCGUCCACAAUCUUGGUCUCGUCUUCUCUUUCUUGCUCUCGGGUUUUAUUUCGGAUAGGUACGGGCGCAAGGUGAUAAUCGUGUGCACGCCGCUGGUGGUGGGCGCGGCGGGGCUGGUGAAGUCCUUCUCCGUCAACUACUGGAUGCUGCUGGUCUUCGAGUUCCUGGAGACGGCCCUGGGCUACGGCAACGCCUCGCUAGUCCUCUCUUUAGAGAGCGUCAGUCAAAAGCGGCGAGUGGUGUUCUCUUGCAUAUCUGAUAUUCUGGCGAGCUUCGGCAGCGCGUUCUUCGGCCUCAUCGCCUGGAAGGUGCCGUACUGGAGGCACAUGAUGAGGGCCAUCUACGCCCCCCUACUAGUAGUGGUCUUCUACAUCUUCUUAGUGGACGAAGGCGUGAGGUGGCUACUAGCACACAACAAGAACGACGAAGCCGUCAGAGUCCUCAACAAAGUCGCCAAGAUUAAUAAAAUUACGUUAUCAAAGAAAGCUAAAGAGAUGAUGACUAAGAUCAGUGAUGAGAGAAAUAAAUCCGAUCAGGAAAAACAAGGUCCUGUGCAAUCCACGCACCUUCUCUCCGCGCUGCGCUCGAAGAAGAUCCUGGCGCGCGUGGCGCUGAUCGCGGCGUCCUUCUUCUGCUGCAUGUUCGUGAACUACGGCACCAUCAUCAACUCCAUCAGCGUGUCGGGCAACAAGUACCUGAACUUCUCUGCGCUGCUGCUGGUGGCCAUCCCCACGCGCAUAAUCACCGCCAUUACGCUCACGCGCUUCGGUAGGAAGGCGCCGAUUUGUGUCGCCUACCUGCUCUGCUCGUUCUUCUUCAUCACAUCGGCGUUUGUUCCUAAAUCGAUCUGGUGGGCGUCGACGCUGUUCUAUGUGAUCGGCAAGAUGUGCAGCAGCUACGGGCUGUUCUCGCUGACGGUGGUGGCGCUGGAGGUGUUCCCCACGGCCUCGCGCAACACGCUCACCAACACCGCCAACACCAUCGGCCGCCUCGGCGCCGUGCUGGCGCCGCAGGCUCCCUUGCUGAAUCAAUACAUGCAUGGUCUUCCGAGCAUCACCUUCGGCAUCGUGGCCCUGGGGCCGGCGCUGCUGGCGCUGCUGCUGCCCGACACCGGGAACACUGCUCUCCCCGAAGACAUCCGCGAGGCUGAGAAGCUCGGCGACCCGGACCAGGCCGACCACGAACACCAACCGCAGCCGGAGAGCGAUCGAGAAAGACAGUGUCAGAAACAGAACGACGAGAAAAAAGACGUCGAAAGUGCGCGAUGACGAGAACGUGACGUCCGAGGGAGUCGUCUCGCGCCCAAAACAAAGACUUUUCAAACCCGGGCCCUCUUCAAGUGACAGACUUUACGAAUGAGCUGCCAUAUGAUGCUAUGAUUGAUUAGUGAUUUUAAUUUUAAAUAGAAUCAGUCCAGUAUUACGUUGAUCAAUACUGAUUUGGUCAGCUUAGGCUGCUUUAAUAGAUACAAGAUUGUAUAAAAUGAUAUUGCUGCUAUUUCCAAGACAAAUAGGAACGG